AGCAAAGAUAACCGCCAUAUAAGGCAUAUGCAGGAUUUUGUAGAUGGUUGUUCGUAUUAGUCGCAGGUAAACCAUCGUAUUAACAGUUACAGAGGUGUAUUAUACCUAAAAAGUAGGAUUAAAUGUAUAAUAUGGUUUAGAGAAGGUAAUUCCCAAUGGAGGAUGGGAAAGCAAAUAAAAGUUCGAUACCAGGCUGGAUUAAUUACAAUGCAGCUGCACGUUACGCCAUCACGUCGGAGAGAUCAGAAACACAGGGAUCGGCACUUCCCCCCUCCCCACAGCGAACCCCACCCACAAUGCAACAGGUUCGCGGGAUUAAUCAACCCCUCCCACUUCGAUCACGGCCAAAUGAAUAUGUAGAUAUUGACAACACUAAACUACCUAUUUCAAAAAAUACGAGAUAUGGGCCAUUUACUACUAGUAACAAUAUUAGAAGUCCCAGUAGUCCUAUUAGGACACAACCACCUUCUUCAGUUGGAUCAAUCGGAUCGCCUAAAGAUCCUAACGUCAUAGAAAAGGACUCAGUGGAGCAGCAGGAGCAUGAACUCGAAGAGAGUGUCAUUUGUCGAAAAUGUGGCAAGUGUAAAUGCGAGCAAUGUACAAAACACAGGAAGUUGCCGGAAAGAUGGUUAUUUAAUAAAAAGUGCCUGUGUAGCGCAGACAGACUUGUAAACUAUGUUAGCUGCCUUUGCGCUGUAGAAUGUUGUUUAUAUCACUGUUGUAGUGAAUAUGAUCGAGACGAGGACGUUCAUUCGUCUGAUGCUCCAUGUGCGUGCUAUAGUCGACCUAGUUGCUGUAAGCGAUGGUCCUUAAUGGCGAUCAUGUCACUUGGCUUGCCCUGUCUAUGCUGCUAUUGGCCACUACGCGGCUGCGUGUCUGGCUGUACGGCAUGCUAUAAUUGUAACAAGCAAGGCUGCCGGUGCACAAAGAAGACGACACCACUAACUCAAAGAUUUUUGCUGGAGUCAGAAUCCUCGAGUGCAUGAAGCCAGUGAUUAUAAUACAACCAUAGUGAAGAUCUAAACUAUAAAGUAGGUAUAUAUAUAUAUCAAUGUGUUCAAUUGGAUAACAUUACAUACACAUGUGAUGAAAGGAUAUUCGUAAAUGUAACACAUGAUUGAAAAUUGUAAGUAUUUUAACUUGUAUAUCUUGUAUAGAACAAUUUGCAGUGAGAUAGAACUCGCAGAGCUUAACAGUACAGUACCAUAAGUAGACCAAAAAAAAAUUCAACUUCAAGACGUCUCGUAGAUUCUCAAAAUCUCCCCGAAUCACAUGAAUUCAGAUUUGGAUUAUGAACAACUUUUCGAUUAAAUUAGGAAUACUUCAAAAAAUGGAUUAUAUCUCUUGUAUACGAUGACAUCAUCAGAUAGUGGGUACCGACCAGGAUUACUGGAAGAAAAGGCGGUACACUCCAGUACAUUUAAUAGACCCUACCCUGAACUGUGGAUAUUAUGAGCAACUUUGGAUUAAUCAAGGAUAUAUAUCUCUUAAAAUUGGAUAAACGACAUAAAAAUGGAUAUGUAGUUUACUGAAAAGGAUGUACAACUUUUGAUAUCGGAUAUGGAUAUUCAUUUUCCUAUAAAAAGAUGGUGGAUAUUUUACCUGAACUACCUACACAGUGAAUAUGGAUUAUGUCUUAUCCGAUUUUACCUCAGAACUGAGAAACUGAACUCUGCCUUGCGUAUUGAUGCAUGGUAUGUAAAUGAAAAAUCUACCUGUGUUACAAGUAGCCCCCAUCUUUCCACCAAUCGAGCCAAGGCAGCCACAAGGUUUCGUAAGUAUGACCUUUUCGUCUUGGGUUUAAGAAUCAGAACGGACGUAUUAGGUUCAUAAAUCAUGAAGAAUGUACUUGACUUGAGUAAAUGUAAUCAAAUGUUGAGUAAAUAUACUCAGGUUGAGUAAUAUUUUUGGCUUAAACCCUCGACUGCACUGUCUGCUAACCAAGAGAGACUUAUGAAUACUUGCCUACAUUGAAAAAGAAUAAAGUCAAUUUUAGAUGCAACGAAAACCACAGUUUACAUAGUACGUGUUUAAUCACUGUGUCAAAAGCAAAGCAUGUACAAAACAUAACCAGUUUUUUUGCCAAACGUUUGACAUAAAAUAAUUUGGCUUUCUUUCGAGUUUUGACUUUCAUUCAUUCGAGGCUACAUUUUUGAAUGAGCUUCGUUGGAAAGUUUAUUUCAUGUGAACAGUUAUUUUUAAAAUAGAUUUUCUGCCCAUUAAGAAAUAGCAGAUAUGCAGUGUGUGUAUGAAAGCUGCUGAUAAUUUGUAACUUGUUCAUAGUGCAGGUAUUCUUAGGCCUAGCUAGGUUGAAUCAUAUAUCACUGACUGUAAAAAUAUAUAUCGAGCUAUUUCAUUCAUGUUAAAACAUAGUGCUAUUUCACUCUCUGUGUAUAUAGUCUGUCUAUACAUAGCGAGUUACCUUUAACUUAAAAUCAACCAACAGUGUUCAUAUUCAGUAUAUGUGUAUAUAAUACAGUCAGGUGUACAAUCCCAGUAAAGUAUGGCCAGUUAAAUGUUUGAACAAAGAAAUGGCUCACAUUUGAGCUGAUUCUGUAGGCCGUAUGCUGGACUGUAGUUACACAUACACAACAUACACAAGUAGACGUUGCAGUAAGUACUUGGUCAAUAACCAUAUAUGAGAUAUCAUUGUAUAUGCUCACAACACUGAAGAUGAAAUUGAACAUGAGCAAAUGAAAGUUCAAAUACAGCUUUAUAAGUUCAAAUACAGCUUUAUAAG